GUCACGGAUGUCCCUUCCGUGGAUAGGAACUAGCCGCUACCAACAUAGACAGAAUAAACUGAUGCGAUGUCUGUAUCGGCUUCUUAUCUGAGACUGCCAAGGCUCUUCGUGCUUUUGUUGGUUGCACUGAUACGUUGGUCCGAGGCCCUAAAAUGUCAUUGCGAGACCUGUGUGAAGGAAAACCAUACCUGCAUAACCGAUGGAAUGUGCUUAGUUUCUAUUUUCGUCAAAGAUGGCAUAGAAACCCACAACAGCGAAUGCGUUGCUAACUCUAAACUUGUACCUGUAGACAGACCAAUUAUGUGCGAACCUUUCCCUAGUACUGCAAUAUACAUUAAAGUGGACUGCUGUGAAACUGACUUCUGCAAUAAGAAACUACCAUCUCCAACUUCACCACCAACUAGGACAACCCAAGGCUUGGGGCCUGUGGAGUUGGCAGCUAUUAUAGCUGGCCCAGUUUGCCUUGUUUGCAUUCUACUGAUGUUGACCCUUUAUAUUUGUCAUAACCGCACAGUCCUUCAUCAUAGAGUUCCUAAUGAGGAAGAUCCUUCGUUAGAUCGACCUUUUAUAUCUGAGGGCACAACAUUAAAAAAUCUUAUUUAUGAUAUGACAACUUCAGGAUCUGGCUCAGGUCUACCUUUACUUGUGCAAAGAACAAUUGCAAGAACAAUUGUUUUACAAGAAAGCAUUGGAAAGGGUCGAUUUGGUGAAGUGUGGCGUGGAAAGUGGAGGGGAGAGGAAGUAGCAGUAAAAAUAUUUUCUUCAAGAGAAGAGCGUUCCUGGUUCCGUGAGGCAGAAAUAUAUCAAACAGUCAUGUUGCGCCAUGAGAACAUCCUUGGUUUCAUUGCAGCAGACAAUAAAGAUAAUGGCACAUGGACUCAGCUUUGGUUGGUUUCUGAUUAUCAUGAACAUGGAUCACUAUUUGAUUACCUAAAUCGGUAUACAGUGAACGUAGAAGGAAUGUUGAAGCUUUCUUUAUCCACUGCUAGUGGUUUAGCUCAUCUUCAUAUGGAGAUAGUUGGAACACAAGGUAAACCAGCAAUUGCCCACCGAGAUUUAAAGUCCAAAAAUAUACUGGUUAAGAAAAAUGGAACUUGCUGUAUUGCUGACCUGGGCCUGGCUGUCAGGCAUGAUUCUGCUACAGAUACAAUAGAUAUUGCACCAAAUCACAGAGUUGGAACAAAAAGAUAUAUGGCACCAGAAGUUCUGGAUGACUCUAUUAAUAUGAAACAUUUUGAAUCAUUUAAGCGUGCUGAUAUCUAUGCAAUGGGCCUGGUUUUCUGGGAAAUCGCACGGCGAUGUUUUGUAGGAGGAAUCCAUGAAGAUUAUCAGUUACCUUAUUAUGACCUUGUACCUUCUGACCCAUCUGUUGAAGAAAUGAAAAAAGUGGUUUGCGAACAGAAAUUAAGACCGAACAUUCCAAACAGAUGGCAAAGUUGUGAAGCACUGCGUGUGAUGGCCAAAAUAAUGCGUGAAUGUUGGUAUGCCAAUGGAGCAGCACGUCUAACAGCUUUACGAAUCAAGAAAACUUUGUCACAACUAAGCCAACAGGAAGGCCUUAAAAUGUAACAAGUCUUUGAACUAAAUUCAUUAGUCCUUUAUUUACCCCAUCCCAAGUUACACUGUUCUACCUCUCCAAGUGAACUGCCUUUCUAAAACAUCAUAGGAACCUCAAGGAAAAGUUGUAGGCCGUGUUGUGCAUAUAAUAUACAAAAUAAUUUUGCAUUGGGGUCAACAUCUUCCCAGGAAAUUUUGUAAAUUUUUUAUAGGUAUUUCUGUUAAUAGAAUGCCACCAAUGCUGGCCUUCUGUUCAUUUUUUUUUUUUAAACCCUUUGUUACCAAUAUAAUUUUUUUUUUAAGAGUUUUAUUAGUACCAUUUCUGAAAUUCUUAAUGUUCCUUUGUCAAUGCUGUCUAAUUAUAUUCAGAGCCUUUGGAAAUAUAUUUUGAAAGGCUUGUGUAAAUAUACAUAUCUUGCAUACAAAAUAAAAAAUCCUAUACCACAGUUUUUGGAAA